CUAUUCCUUACGGGCUUUGUUUCUUCGCACUUCGCAGGAGUGUUAAAGUUUUGCUCCUUCGUCGCUGUUCGACUUCGCUCCUUGGACGACGCUUCCUUCCUGUUGGAGCGGAAGUUACGACAUUUUUUUAUCGGAAGAAACAACGGGAACUCGCUUGCUGUGAAGGUAACUUUAUCCCUUUCGUGCGCUUCUUCGGCCAAAUCCCGUAAAUACGCCGAACCAAAGGAUUUUGUAAAUCCGGGAUUUACCACGUAAAGAGAAAAUUUUCCGUCAACUGCGGCUUUGAUUUACCGUGAGAUUUGGUUUUGCAUUGGCCGUUUGGCUGGAUUUUGCUCAAAUCCGCUUCAAAUCCGGUCGAAAUCCUGCAUCCAAACAGCCCCUUAAAGCACACGUGGUUGGAUAAAAAUCAGAAUUCCAUAGUGGAAAAAGACUAUAUAGAAUCUCAAAAUGAUUUAAAGGCUCUGCAUGAGAAACCUUUCAUAGGUGCUACAUCAUUGUUGUACCUCAAGCUAAAACUUGAAGAUCUUACUGAUGGAUUCUGCAAAUAAGGUGGUCGGCUCUACUGUUAGCUCAUCAAACAAACCCAACUGGAAGCUAAAGUCAGUAGUUAUAGCUGCUCUUACAUUGCUGACAAGUUCCCAAUCAAUAUUGAUUGUAUGGUCCAAGAGAGCUGGAAAGUACGAAUACAGUGUAACAACCGCAAAUUUUUCGGUAGAAGCUUUGAAGUGUGCAUUGUCACUUGCUGCCCUUUUCAGGAUCUGGAAAACUGAAGGUGUCAAUGAAAAUAAUAGGUUAAGUACAUCAUUUGAUGAAGUUAGUGUCUACCCAAUUCCAGCAGCACUCUACCUCAUCAAGAACUUACUGCAGUACUACAUCUUUGCGUAUGUGGAUGCCCCUGCUUACCAGAUACUGAAGAACCUAAAUAUUAUUACCACUGGUGUUUUGUAUCGUCUUAUACUAAAGAGGAAGCUAAGUCAAUUCCAGUGGACAGCAUUUUUUUUUUUAUUCGCAGGGUGCACUACAACUCAACUGAACUCCUCCUCUGACCAUGUUCUUCAAACGUCUUUACCGGGUUGGUUGAUGGCUGUUGUCAUGGCACUCCUAAGUGGAUUUGCUGGUGUUUACACAGAGGCUAUUAUUAAAAAACGCCCUUCAAGAAAUAUAAACGUACAGAACUUUUGGCUGUACAUCUUUGGAAUGUUAUUCAACAUAAUUGCAAUUUUCAUUCAGGAUUUUGAUGCAGUUGUCAACAACGGCUUCUUCCAUGGAUAUACUUUCAUCACAGUUUGUAUGAUUCUCAACCAUGCCCUGAGUGGGAUCGCAGUGUCUAUGGUAAUGAAAUUCGCUGAUAAUAUUGUGAAGGUAUAUGCAACUUCUGUGGCAAUGCUUUUGACAGGAAUCGUUUCGGUCUUUCUUUUUGGAUUCAAUAUUUCUCUUGCCUUCUUUCUUGGGACAACGGUUGUAUCUGUUUCAGUAUAUCAAUAUUACAUUGGAUCCUCCGCAAAAUUGCAGGCUAUGUCAGCUCAAAUUAGAACAGAGCGUGUUUAGACUUAACAGUCUGCUAGUUGAUUUCAACCGGCACUCAAUUCACUAAUUUUUGGAAAAAUUUUGGAGCUGUAUUCACUGCCUAACAAACAGCAAAGAAGUAGAAACAGAAUUUAUAGAUUUUUAGGGUAUUUCAUUUCUUUGUUUACAUGAGGGAAUGAAUGUUAUGAGCCUGUGAGUAAUUGGCAGAUGAUAGGUCUCUUUGAAGCAAUUUGCAGUCGGUAUUAUUUUUCAAUACAGUUACACAUUUAUUUGAUUAUUUAAAAAAAAUUAUAGUAGAAAAUUAUUAUUCAA